AUGAUUACAUUUUCACCAAUGAAUAAUACUUAUCAAAACUUGAAUUCAUUGUUGUUAACAGUUUACUUAACGAUUAUGCCUACAGACCAAGUUCAUCGAAAAUCAGGAAGUCCACAAGCUUCUACCGAGGUUUCUUCUUUGCAACUAAAUCGGACUAAAAACAAAGAAGCACUUGAGAAAAGCCUUAAGUGCAGACGUUCUGUAAAGGAGUUAGUCAAUCAAGGGAUAUUACUAAAUCCCUCUAUUUCACACCCUGAUAAGGUUCGCCAAUUACAAAAAGCUAAGACUAGUGAUUUAUUGAAACGUAAAAUUGGACAACGGCCGGACAGACAGUAUCUUAUCAGCCAUCAUAUCUUAAGGGGUAAUUUUUCUCCAGUAAUAAUUUGUGAUUUUAGACGAUAA